CAUCUCGCCGCAUGACCCCCGCGCGCUGAUUGCCGCGAGGGAGCGCACGCUCGAGGCUUGAGACCGGCCGACACCAGUCUCGCGAAGGUCGCCGUCAAGAACACAGUUUCUCGCGUCUUCUUCUACGAAAAUACUGUCUUACCGUCGUCUUUUUUUCGCGCGCAAAUUACCACCAUGGCCGCUACUGAGGAGCUCAGCUGCAUUCUUUCGAGGAGACAAGAAAUCAACGACAAACUGGAAGAGGGGCAAGAAAUCAAGCCGAAAUAUAAAUUUGUUAACGUUUACACGGAGUUCCAUGAGUUCUCGAGAAAAGAAAUAAAACAAUACGAGGUCACAUUUAACAAAUUCGACGAAGGUCGAGACGGGUUCCUGGACUUGAAUGAGGUCAAACGUAUGAUGGAACGCUUGGGGGCUCCACAGACACACCUCGGGCUGAAAGCUAUGAUUGCGGAAGUAGAUGAAGACGGCGACAACAAGAUCAGCUUCAGGGAAUUUUUGCUCAUUUACAGAAAAGCGCGUGCCGGAGAGUUAGAAUCAGACUCUGGGCUGGACGCCUUUGCCCGACUCACCGAGAUCAACGUAGAAGAGGUCGGCGUCAAUGGCGCCAAAAACUUCUUCGAAGCCAAGAUCGAGGAACUCUCAAAGUCGAACAAAUUCCACGACGAAAUCAUCCAAGAACAAGAAGAGAAACGUCGACAAGCCGAAGAGAAGGCCCUCCGGCGGCAACAGUUCAAAGAAAAAGCCGCAUUGUUUCAAUCAUAGUCUGUAUAUCGUCUUGUUGAUCAAAUUGUAUCUAGUCUGUAAGCUGUUACCAUGGCUUAAGUUAAGGUAGUCUUAAGAUACGAUCUAAGACAUAUCUAUAUAAGUUAGAUGGCGUACAAAUUAAUAAAUCCCAAGUAGAAUGUAUAUCUAACUAUAUGCCUAAUAGUUAUUUCUUAGGUCGCAUCUCAUACAAGAUGAAUCUGUACAGUAGGACAUUAAGAAAAAAUGAGAUUGUACAGUUGCAGUUAAAUUCUGUAAAAUACCUAUAUUUUAUGUGUGGAUUCAUCUCAAGGGUUGGCACCCAUUAUGAAUUAGUAAAUAAGAUAUUAUGUAACAAGUUCUUAAUUCUCUAAUUGAAAAAAUAGGAAUUUUGUGAAAAAAUAAUAAUUUUACUAUAUAUAUAUUAAUUUUAAGAUAUUUUUCAUUCAUACAAAAUAAAAUUUAAUCUACUCAUUAUAUCAUAAACAUUUUACAUGUACAUAAGAAACCUUAAAAGGAACAAAUCAUGGCCUAAGAUUUUACUACUGCCACUUGGUCUAAUAAUUAGAUAUAUACUUAAAUAAAAUAAAAAACUAAUUUCGCUUGUUGACUUCAACAAGUAUAAAUUCAUGUUGCCUUCUAUUAUAUUUACAUAAGUUAAAGAUGUGAUGUUGAAAAAAUGAAGUUAAUUAAAUAAAACUUGUGUAAAAAUA